UAUUCGCCUUUUGACAGGAUAUGACUGGGUCGUAUGUAGGUGAGCUUUCAGUGGUGGCUCAGCCUUGUCUCUAUCGACGCUCUGGGUUCAGAAGUUCUUAUUUGCUCUUUUUCUUACAGAUUACAACUUCGGUGGCCUGCAGAUUCGUAGUGUGCUUAUCGGUCAAACUACGCUGUGGGAGGUGGUUUGAGAGGGAGAUCGUGUUGUAUCAGGAGGGUAGCAUCUUAGCUGGUUGAAGAGGUUGGGGGGUCUUGAUUGGGUAGAUAGGAGCAGGACGAUUCGUCGACCAUGACGACCAAAUUUAUGAGCAACAUGUCGAGGACAUUCUCGAACAGUGGGUUCUCUAGGACUUACUCCAGUGCACCGAAGCCGUUCCACUUCACGAAGCUUCAUCAGGCCAACAUGAGCCCCUUGCCCCCGCCGGCAACUCAAAAACCUAAAAAGGAUAAUAGCACCUGCUGGGCUAUCUUUUGUUGUUGCUUCACUGGAUGUAUCUCGAUGCUUAUCACGGCCGCGAUCGUCUUGGGAAUUACGGCACUGAUUAUCUGGCUAGUGCUGCGGCCCGUCCACAUGCCGCGGUACAAUAUUCAGGACGUUAACGUCGUCAGAUUCGCUUACAAUUCUGUUCCGCGCACCCUUGAUUCCGAAGUCAGGUACGUAGUUAAUGCCAACAACCCGAAUGGCAAGAUCGGUAUCAGAUAUGAGACUAUUACCAUCGAUACCGUUUAUAUGACCCAGAAUUUGAAUCAGCAUUCCAUUCCCGGGUUCUACCAUGGUCACCGUAACGUCACGUUGAAGCCGGCUAGUUUCUCCACAACUGGAUUGCCCUUGGAUCCUGGAACAGGUGCCAUCCUUGAAGGGCAUAUUGCUACAGGGGACGUUCCAUUGGUCAUGCGCGUCCGUGUUAAAUUCAACCUCAAGAUAGGUGCGAUCACGACUCCAACCUUUACCGUGAAGGUCAACUGCAAUGUGCACAUCAAGCCGCCAAUCGGAACUACUCCCGCUUCGGUGCUUGGUUCCCCGACCUGCAAGAGGGUUUGAACAAGAUGUUGGCUUUAACUGAUCUCCAUAGAUUGCCUUUUUCUCUAGCUGCUUACUUCUCGAGCCCUAACUUCACAUCUCAGCAAGCUCCUGUUGUAGCACAAAUGGACCUUUCUGUGAAUCGCAACCAUCAGGAUAUUCAGCAGUACCUACCAGAGCAGCAAGUUGUUUUAGAACCAAGGGAGGGGGUGGGAGAUUUACAGAGCUUGUCCCUCAUUCUCUCACGGUGGGCUUUAAGGUUAGGCACUUUGAAGAGUCUAGAAUGUGGCCACUCUUUGUAUACUAGUAUGAUGUACAUUCCGCAUCUUCGCUCAUGCAGAGGCAACAGCUGCACGAGUUAUUGGAUUCUACUUUGGUACUAGGUUCUGAAAGGCAAUUGUUUUAGUGUUGGAAGCCAUGACAUCGUGUGUAUGAGUGCUUCAGUUUUUCAUGAUCUUGUCAUUGUGGAACGGUGGCUAAACCAAGCAAUUGUGAAUACCUUGCACUCCAGGCCCCUUUAGAUGACUUCA